GAGUUCUCGCUCUCUUAAAGGACUUUCGCAAAAUUUGGGAAAUUCCUGUCCUUUCUGCAACCGGAAAUCCCGUAGCGAUCACGAACGCUAUGCGAGAACGGACGUGAUCUUUGUGAUUGAUCGCGAUCGGUUACGUGAUUGGUCGCGAUCGCGAGUUACGAUUCGAAGGACGAUUCGAAAAAGAGGAGUUAAAUGACUCCGAAACGGCAAAGAGUGUCUUCGCGAAACGCGCGAGGAUGCAAAAAUGCGCGGUGUACGUUGGAUACGAUGCCGCCGGAAGUUCUCAGCAUCAUCCUGAGGAUGCUGUCAUUACACGAUGUCGCUUGCACGGUUCGUCUGAUCUCCAGACGUUGCUUCGAUAUCGCAGCCACAGUAUUAAACAGCGAGUUUCUGGUGGCCGGUACAAAGCUGGAGGCUGCGAUAAAACGUACGGAGAGUCUCUUGAACAACGUAAAGAGCGACACGGAGUUACUUGAAUAUAACAACAUCUUCAACGCGCUGGAAAUCAUUCGCUCCCAGUAUCAAAUGUUAAGGGCAGUUACGUGGCGAUAUACGCACCCAAGGUCGCGUGGCUCGCCUAUUUCGUGUUUCUACGGUGGUAGAAUCCUCGACAAUCUCAACUGCUUGCUACAGACGGUCCUGGACUCUGGUCGAAUACCCACGAAUGUCUUCAACUACCUCGACUUGCAGAUCUUUAUUCGCAGUUGCGAGAAUUUCAUGGAUCACUUCGAGAAGAUCACCGAGCGCAGGGUAAACAGAUCCGCUCUAGUCUCGGGUUGCAAGAUCGUCGACGUCCUAGACUGUCUGGGAGAGGGUCGACAACUAUUGUCCCUCAGAACUUCGUCGAGGACAGGAAAUCCCAUGGUCAGCAUGCAAGUCAAGUACGUCCUGAGACGCACGUGGUUCACGUGUCUACAGGUGCCCAACGUGAACAACGAGCACUGCUGGCGAGACAGGCAGCGUUACAUGUAUCUUAGACUGCGCCGUCUGGUCGGCAGCUUCAAUAAGCAUCUGUAUCACAAGUUGCAUUACGAGCGCAAGGUCCUUCUUCGAGCAACAGCUUCGUCGUUGCCACCUCGAAAGCCACCGCCAGCUUCCACGUAUUCGGGAUACGGCGAAUACGGCGGACAAUUCUUCUAUUACGGUAACAUGAGCAAGUAUGCUUAUGAGAAUAAAUUCAGAUACGCGAGAUCUAGUAACGUGGAGAACACUAGCGGAGAAUUCGAGGAGGAGGCUAAUAGGCCGCAUCGCUUCGAUUUGGUCAUCAAAGUUGAAUUGAGAUGCUCGCCAGAAUUGGCGCCGCUGUCGACAAGGACGAGCCUGAAGGUCGACGACCUCGAAGACCGCGGUGUCAACUCGCGUCAAGAAUUGUACCUGAAAUUGAGUACGAGAUGCAUGGCGUCCAAAGCUAAUAGAUUACCGGGCGAUUUUACCUGGGAGGUACGCGGUCCUCGAAUAAGGCAUUCGCAGUGUCGCUGAAUCUUAUACACUCUUAUAUAUGUGAUGUACAAUAAUAUAUAGUGAUCGUCCGAUUUUGAUAUCUCUGAAGGUGAAGAAUAAAUUAGUCGCAUUUUAUCCGGUGAUUUUAAUACAUUGCGAUUUAUCGAUAAAAAUGCUAAUUAAAAAGGAAGGAUUCCUAGAAAGGAAUCUCUCGACGAAAAGAAAAAUUAAUAAAUAUA